CCCGUUAACUCAGUGGAGACUGGCUGUCUGCGAGUGCGUGAGUGUGUGUGUUCAGCGUAGUAGCCUAAAUGCGGCUCUGGAUGACAAACCUACCCUUUCGCUCGCUAGGAACAAGGGGACGCUGAAUAAUCAGGAUACCGUGGAUUAUUUCUGGGUCCGACAUCCUUCAACGGGACAUGUGCAUCUCCUCCAAAAUCUUCUAGCUCGCGUUUCCUUUAUUUCUAUGCGAUUUUCCUGUUGCUGUAUUCGCUGUGUCCAUGAGCCUGCUAAGUGGCUAUAAGAAAAAGACCAGUUACGAUGGAUAUGAAUCUUUGCAGUUGGUCGAAAGCAGCGGAGACUUCAAUAACGGGGGGAGAGGCGGCGGCCCAUUCGGCGGCAGCUUGACGGCGGUUACCCUCGGCUCCAAGGCAGGCCCAGCGCGACCGGACGACUACAGCACCAUGGACAGCUCAGAUAUGGAUGCCAACUAUGGGGGAGGGCUCCUAGACAUGGUUAAGGGUGGAGCUGGGAAGUUCUUCAGCAACUUCAAGGAUAACCUGAAGGAUACCAUCAAAGACACCUCCAGUAAAGUCAUGCAUCAGGUGGCCACGUACACCAAAGGGGAGCUGGACAUUGCUUACAUCACUUCACGAAUCAUAGUGAUGACGUAUCCUUCGUCCGCUGUGGAGAUGGGUUAUGCCAACCACGUGGAGGACAUGCGCUCCUUCCUGGACUCACGACAUGCUGACCACUACACUGUCUUCAACCUGUCACAGAGGAACUACCGCGGAGCCAAAUUCUCAAACAGGGUUUCUGAAUGCAACUGGCCUUCCAAACAAGCCCCUAGUCUCCACAACCUCUUUGCUGUCUGUAAGAACAUGCACAACUGGCUCAAACAGAACCCCAAGAAUGUGUGUGUCAUUACCUGCUCGGAUGGCAGAGCUCCAUCAGGUGUGCUGGUCUGUGCCAUGUUCUGUUUCUGCCACCUCUUCGCCAACCCCGUGCCCGCCAUGCAACUGCUCAGCGCCAAGAGACCCGGCUCAGGCCUGUGGCCUUCUCACAGAAGGUACAUUGGUUAUGUGUGCAGCAUGGUGUCUGAGAAGCCCAUCAUCCCCCACUUCAAGCCUCUGACCAUCAAAGCGGUGACGGUCAGUCCAGUGCCCUGCUUCAACAAGCAACGCAGUGGCUGCCGGCCCUUCUGUGACAUCCUCCUCGGAGAGACUAAGAUCUUCUCCACAGCGCAGGACUAUGAGAGGAUGAGAGAAUAUCGUGUCCAGGAGGCCAAAGUGGUGUUCAACCUGGGCGUGAGUGUCCAGGGUGAUGUGGUGGUGUCCGUCUAUCACAUGAGGUCCACCAUUGGAGGAAGACUGCAAGCGAAGGUGAGCAACACACAGAUAUUCCAGAUUCAGUUCCACACUGGGUUCAUCGCACCUGGGAUGACCGUUCUGAAAUUCAUGAAGCCUGAGCUGGACACGUGUGAGUCUCCAGACAAGUACCCGCAGCUCUUCCACGUGCUGGUGGACGUGGAGGUGGAGGGCACUGAGAAACAGAAGGACCUGACGCCGCCCUGGGAGCAGUUUCCCACCAGAGACCUGACCCCCACUGUCCUCUUCUCAUCGCAGCAGGAGCAUCAGCAGGCACUGGCCAUUGCAGACCCGAGUCAUGCUGGUGGUCCAGAUGGUCGGAGGGGUCCUCAUGAGGAGAGCGAGCCUUCGGAUGACGAGAUGCUGUCUCUGUCCAGCCAGCAGAGCAACGCUAGCAACGAGAGGCCCAGCGGCGCGCAGGCCACCCCUCCCAAGAGGCCUGACGCUCCCCCCACAGGGCCGCCCCCCCGCCCUGCCGAGGACGUGGACCUCCUGGGCCUGGAUGGUGAGGCGGGGGAGCCCCCUUGCUCGUCCCCACAGCCCCCCGCUGCCAACACCCAGGACCUGCUGGGGGACCUGUUUGGAGGGCCUCCAGUGACCCAGCCCACCAGCGCCCCGGCCUCCGCCCAGUCCACCCCCCGCCGGACUGUCCUCUCGCCCGGCGCCACGGCACAGCCGGCUGCCCCCUUUGUCCCAGGCUUUGGGUCGGGACCAGCGCCCCAGGCCAAGCCCCAGGACUUCAUGGGCGGGUUCCUGGGUCCAGGUAAUAUGGGGCAGCCUGACCCCUUCCUGCAUGCUGCACGGUCGCCAUCUCCUACAAUGCAGAACGCAGGCAUGGGUCGGAGUUCACCAGUGCCGCCCUCCACGCCCACCGUCAACGUCCAGCAGCAGAACGCCAUGGGGGGCUGGGACUGGAACAGGGCAGCGGGGCAAGGAGGAGGCUUUGGCAUGGGCAGUAAGUCUGCCACGACCAGCCCCACAGGCUCUGUCCACAGCACGCCCACCCACCAGGCCAAGCCCAACACUCUGGACCCCUUCGCUGACCUGGGCAAUCUGGGGUCAGGCCUAGGAGGUGGCUCAGGUUUCUCCAGUAAACCCACCACACCAACAGGCACUGGAGGUGGCUUACCACCCAUGGGCUCUCCUCAGCGGCCCUCUCCCCAGCACACGGGUGGAGGAGGCUGGCAGCAGCCCGGCUUCCCCUCCUGGCAGCCUGGAGGUGGGGGACAGUGGCAGGGGCAGCCCCCCUCCCAGCCCAAGCCACCCGGGCCAUCCAUGCCCCACACAUCGCCCCAGAACCGACCCAACUACAACGUCAGCUUCUCCAGCAUGGGCGGCACCCCGCCUGGAGGUUCCACCAAGCCACAGCCUAACAUGGGGACCAAACCGAAAGUGGCAACCGCCAACUUUGAUGACCUGCUGUCUGGCCAGGGCUUCUCUGGAGCGAAGGAGAAGAAGGGGCCAAGGACCAUCGCCGAGAUGAGGAAGGAGGAGAUGGCUAAAGAGAUGGAUCCCGAAAAGCUCAAGAUCCUAGAGUGGAUCGAGGGGAAGGAGCGGAAUAUCCGAGCCCUGCUGUCCACCAUGCAUACGGUGCUGUGGGAGGGGGAGACCCGCUGGAAGCCCGUGGGCAUGGCUGACCUUGUGACCCCGGAACAGGUGAAGAAGGUCUACCGGAAGGCCGUCCUGGUGGUCCAUCCUGACAAGGCUACUGGGCAACCCUAUGAACAAUAUGCCAAGAUGAUUUUUAUGGAACUGAAUGAUGCAUGGUCAGAGUUUGACAGCCAAGGACAGAAACCUCUGUACUGAGCUGCUGGAGGAGAAGACAUACAGUACACCUUCUGCCUCCAUGUGCAACACUGGAAUCAAUACUCCCCACUGAUCUCCCCCAGCCCCCAGGAUCAUUAAUGUGACCCCCACCCAGCCACUCUCCUCCCUCCCUCCAGCCCCUACACUCCGCCUUUGUCGUCUGCAGUCCCAUGGGGAAAACCAAGCUGCUCCGUGGAGGCUUCAGUCUGAUACCUGUCCACUCAUCUCAGUGUAGCCCAGCUGUCCAUGUACUUGGUGCAAACUCUGUCCACUCAUCUCAGUGUAGCCCAGCUGUCCAUGUACCUGGUGCAAACUCUGUCCACUCAUCUCAGUGUAGCCCAGCUGUCCAUGUACUUGGUGCAAACUCUGUCCACUCAUCUCAGUGUAGCCCAGCUGUCCAUGUACUUGGUGCAAACUCUGUCAAACAAGAACUCUUUUGUGUUUUUGUAAAACAUGCCGUUGUGAGGAACUCUCUUUAACAGGACACCAGAGAAGAGCACCGACCUGAACACGAGUGCACUCCGUCAUAUCAGGCCUGAACACGAGUGCACUCCGUCAUAUCAGGCCUGAACACGAGUGCACUCCAAGUCAUACCAGGCCUGAACACGAGUGCACUCCGUCAUUUCAGGCCUGAACACGAGUGCACUCCAAGUCAUAUCAGGCCUGAACACGAGUGCACUCCGUCAUUUCAGGCCUGAACACGAGUGCACUCCAAGUCAUAUCAGGCCUGAACACGAGUGCACUCCGUCAUUUCAGGCCUGAACACGAGUGCACUCCAAGUCAUAUCAGGCCUGAACACGAGUGCACUCCAAGUCAUAUCAGGCCAGGGCCUCAGCAUAUACACAGUUUAUAUAUACUGUAUGUGGUCGUUACUGGUAUAAAAACAUAUAUUAAAUACCUAAGUGAUAAAACAGAAAAUACUAAUGCAGUAUUUCUAACAAAUUCUGGAUGUUGUGGUUUUGGAAUGUGGAAAUUUGGGUUCACUAAUAGCUAAGGUCCUCUAAACAUUAACAAGAAUAUGACAAAAGUUUAAAAUGAUAUAUAUGUUAGAUAAGUAUUUGUGCAGGUGUGUAUGACAAAUAAUGUUAUCAAUGUUAAAAAAAAAAACCCACACUCAAACAGUGAUAGUAAAAAGGGAUUAUAUUGUACAUUUUGGUAAGGUACAAAAACAAAGAAAAUAAACAUUGUGAUAAAAAGGAGGCUCUGAAGAGAAUAGUUAAUUAUCUACUCAGCUUCAAGCCAGUAGAACUCAUCUAAUUCUUUUUUUUUGUUCAGUAGAAGUAAGAUUGGCCCACUAGAAGGCAUUCUACAGUGUACAGAGUGAAUGGAGCUCUCUCUGAUCCCUACUGUGCUACUGUAUUCUGUGCUCCAAACACAUCUAGGGUGACUAUAAGCAUGAGGUUGAGUAGAUAAUACUAGCUGUUUCAUUUCUGGGUGAAGUAUGUCUUCAAAAGAUCAGUACUUGUCUAGCACAGAUGAUGAUCAUUGCCAAGUUAUGAACAAAAGCCUAAUAGAAAAACGAAGCUUGCUGCAAGUUAUGGCAAGGGAGCAAUAUGUGUUAUGGCCUUCUGAUGAUCAAACACAACCUGUAUAUAUGUGUCCCUUUUUCUUAACACAAAAUAACUGAAAAAGCACAACAUGCUAUGUGAGUAAGUGGGUGGGAAACAGAAUUCUGAGUGAGUACAUGUCUGACUGCCUUGAAGUUCACAUACUGGUACAGUACUUUGUAUGUUUCAGAACAUCCCAUACAGUAAAUGUUUUUUUUUUUCUUUUAUUUUACCCAUAUCUGAAAACACAUCUGUGAGUUUGAAACGUAUUAUACUGUGGCAAUGAUCUUGUUUACACAAAAAAUUGUAGCACUGAAGAAUGUCUUAAAAGAGUGUGUAAAUGCAUAAUUACCAUUUACCUGUGACUAAUGAGUCAGUAUGGAGAUGCAGAUAUGACAAGAUGCAGUUGUUUACUUUAGUGGGUCAGUCAGUGUCCUAACUCAUGAUUGUGAUGUGCUUGUGUUUACUUUUUAUGUUUUUAAGUUAUUCAUGUGUCCUCUCAAACUGUCCAUGCAUGUGUAGCAAAGAGUACAUACUGUGCAUUAGAAAUUCUGCAUUGAAAAAGUUUAGUUCUAUUUUCUUUGUCCUGCUCUUUUCUUUCUUUCAAUCUGGUUUCUGUCACUGGGGAUUACUGUCUCUUUAUGGCACUAAAAUGAAGGACAUCAAGUGUGCUCCUGUAUGGUCAUAGUGAACAUCUGCACCUGUCUCUUAGCUUAUGAUGAGACAAUGGAUGGCAGUCACUGGACAAAUUUCACCAUAUAAAUAUCAACUUGGUGCAUUAUUCCAGUUUCUAAAUUUAAUUUGAAACAUGUUCAUAUGUCUUGAGUCAUCAUAUCAUAUCAUAUCAUAUGCGAUUUCAAAUUGAAAGAGCACCCUGAAGUGUCAUGGAGCCAGCCUUUCUUAUCGCAGGCUUGCCAUCAGCUCACUGGGAAGGAAGCUAUUUUACCCUCCAUGAGUUAAAAGUUUGCGCAAGAUAAUGGUGACUUGUCUCCCACUUGCUCAGAACUGUAUGGACUGAUUCUUGGAAAAAAGUUGAAAGACAAAAAAGUUACGACCAAACCUUCCAGUGUUUCUGCUUGGCCACGCAAGAUGGAGUGGAUUCUGUCUUCUUUUCUGGCUUUCUGUCUGCUACACUGGGGUGUUUGCUCUCACAGUCUCUGCUAACUCCCAUUGCCCCCCAAAACUGGUCACCUCGUCUGGGGGCAACACCCCUACUCCCUCCUCUGCCCCUGCCUGCCCUGUGGACUAGCCUGAGUUCAUGGACAUUACAACAAAAGACUUGGGCUCAUAAUAACGCUGCACUGUCUUAAGACUUGACUGAAUCGUUCCCUGAACACUCGUCCAUAAUAAUGACCCCUUCUCCCCCCUCCCCAACCCCCAUUACAGCAAUUCCCCACCUUCUAUGAGCUAAGCUGUCUAUCUGGUAUUUCUGGUCUUAAGGCUAUCAUAAUGUUUAAAUACAAGCUAACCUCUGUGUAGUGGAUGUGUGCUCUAGACAAGCGUUCUGUAUGUGAGAAAGUGGUAAGGUUUGGAUACAGCUUUGUGUAUUGCCUGUCUGCUGUACAAGCACUACUAAACCCGUGGAUUCUGUUCUCUGUGUUCCCCCUCUGGUUCUUCUUCCUUUGGCCUCCUGUACAUAUUGUAUGUUCAUGUGCAUCGCACAAAUAAACGAGAAGAGAGCGAAGAGAAGAAGAACUGA